AUGAGCAGAGAACAAAGUGUAGACAAGUUGAUUCCACAAGUGUUUGAUGAAUUGCGAUCCAACAUGGAUUCUCAUCAAUAUCCACAUCAAUCUACAAUUGCAUCUCCGAUCACCACACAGUCAUUGAUCAAUGAAUUGGAGAAUUUGGAGAAGAUUACACAAGUCAUUGAGCAAAUCACUAGUAGUGUGAAGCAUAAUAUUCCUAAGGAUAUUGAUAGGAUUUAUGAAGUGUGUCAAAGCAGUAACAAAUUAUUAGAUUCAUGGAUUGGUAUUCAAUCACAAGCAGGAUAUAUAUAUAGGUUAAUGGGCGAGCCAUCCUAUUUAAGACAUUUGAGAGAAGACGGUAUAGAGCAUAGUUUUGAAGAAGAAGUCAAAUUGGAGACGGAAAGCAUUGAACAAUUAAAGAAAGAGAUCGUACGGGUAAAUGCCAUACAGUCUGGCGAGUCUAAAUCUCAACCACAACAGCAGCAGCAAGCUUCUAAGACUACUAUAAGGAAACCCAAUAGAUCUAUAUAUAAUACGAAUAGUAAUAGUAAAAAACCGACAGGAAUCCGUCGGCCCACUAUAACUAAAGAAAGAAAAUUAUUCAGAAGAUAG